GCUAAAGGGGUGGGGCCUAGGAAUCGGAACCUUCGGGAGCGCGUCACCCGGUCGGGCUGCGGUGCUCCCUCGAGUCCCAGCGUCCCUUUUCGUGUAGCCCAUCUCCGCUUCAGCUGCCGUGGCAUCAUGGCUCUGUUCGUCGCUCUCCUGUCCUUGCUGGUGACGGGUGUUUUAGGGAAUGAAUUUAGCAUAUUAAGAUCACCAGGGUCUGUUGUUUUCCGAAAUGGAAAUUGGCCUAUACCAGGAGAUCGAAUCCCAGAUGUGGCUGCACUGUCCAUGGGCUUCUCUGUGAAAGAAGACCUGUCUUGGCCAGGGCUUGCGGUGGGUAACCUGUUCCACCGGCCACGGGCAACCAUUCUGGUGAUGGUGAAGGGGGUGGACAAGCUGGCUCUCCCCGCGGGCGGUGUCAUCUCCUACCCUUUGGAGAAUGCAGUUCCUUUUACUCUUGACGGUGUUGCAAAUUCCAUUCACUCCUUAUUUUCAGAAGAAACUCCUGUAGUUUUGCAGUUGGCUCCCAGUGAGGAAAGAGUGUAUAUGGUGGGGAAAGCAAACUCCGUUUUUGAAGAUCUUUCAGUCACAUUACGGCAGCUACGUAAUCGCCUGUUUCAAGAAAACUCCGUUCUCAACUCUCUUCCCCUCAAUUCUCUGAGUAGGAAUAACGAAGCUGACCUGCUCUUUCUUUCGGAACUGCAAGUGCUCCGUGACAUUUCGAGUUUGUUGUCUCGUCAUAAGCAUCUAGCCAAGGAUCAUUCUCCCGACUUGUAUUCACUGGAGCUGGCGGGUUUGGAUGAACUUGGGAAGCGCUAUGGGGAAGACUCUGAACAGUUCAGGGAUGCUUCUAGGAUCCUUGUGGAUGCUCUCCAAAAGUUUGCAGAUGACAUGUACAGUCUCUAUGGUGGGAAUGCAGUGGUCGAGUUAGUGACUGUCAAAUCAUUUGACACUUCCCUUGUGAGGAAGUCAAGGACCAUCCUUGAAGUAGAAGAAGAGAUUACCGAAAUUCCCUAUAACCUUGCAUAUAAGUAUAAUUUGGAGUAUUCAGUGGUUUUCAACAUGGUACUGUGGAUUAUGAUCGGCUUGGCCUUGGCUGUGAUUAUCGUCUCUUACAACAUUUGGAAUAUGGAUCCUGGAUAUGAUAGCAUCAUUUAUAGGAUGACAAACCAGAAGAUUCGAAUGGAUUGAGUUUUCCUUGUGCUAGACUUAGACAGCAGGUUUGGUAUUGGUUGUUCUGUUAAAGUAUAUCUUUUAGUGUGGUUUAAAGUAAACAGUAUACCUUAAAUUGAUUGCAAAGAAGACAUAGAUUUUUGUUCUGUGUUGUGUGUGUGCCUAUGGUUUCUUUAGAGUGAUUUAUAGUGUUGACACAAAAUGAAUUGUAAUAUAGAUUCCAUAAUAUGCUCAAAUAUUGUUGACAUAGUUAUUUAAUAUUGUAAUUUCAUUCCAUUUAAUACAUUUGGAAAUAUGCACUGAAAGAAAUGUAAACCACUUAGAGUAGUUGUGUUGUUCAUGUUGGAGAAUGCACUGGGUUUCUUAGAGAAGCUUUUAAAUGCUUGAGUUCCUUGCACAGGAUAGAUAAAUCCUAGUUGAGCUGUUAUUCACUAUGAACAAUUUGUAAAUGUCUUAAUCUGAUGUAAAUAUCUCUGAGAGAGGAGGGAAGAUUUUAACUAAGAGUAGCCCAAAAAUACUGCAUAUGCUUAUACAAUCGCUUAGUUUUGGAAGUGUGUGUGUGACUGGCAGGCUAGCUAUUUUUAAUCUCUUCUGCAAGUUUGGUGAUCCAUGUGGUUUAGUAGAGAUAUUAAAAAUAUUAAAAAUACUAUGUUGAUUUCAGGAGAAUAUAGCUUUGUGGAGUAUAGCUGCUUGUAAUUAGAUAUACAAAAACAAAUCUAUGGGGGAUAUCUUGAAGCAUGAAUAUAAAAUAUUUUUAUUUCCCUAACUUUUCCCCCUGUGAAGUUACUCUGGUUUGUGUAUGCUACAGCUUCAUUCUGUAGAAUAUUAAGUGGAAGUGGAUGAUUGCUACUGUUCGUGUGAAAAUGGACCAAUAUCAAUAUAGAGUGACAAAUAAAGUUAAUGAUUCAAAAAUCUGUGUCAUUGCAAUUCUAAAUUUAUAUUUUCAAAACCUAAUUAAACAGGCUGUUAUUUCACCAGAA